AUGGAGGUCCCAAGUUCUGAAUUGGAUAGUAAAGCCAUGAUCCUUUUGAUGGGUCUUAGAAAAGGUGGUAAAUCAUCAAUUUGCAAAGUAGUUUUCCAUAACAUGCAACCUUUGGAUACGUUGUAUUUAGAAUCAACUUCGAAUCCAACUGUAGAACAUUUUUCAACGCUAAUAGAUUUAGCUGUAAUGGAAUUACCUGGUCAACUAAAUUAUUUUGAACCUAAUUAUGACUCGGAAAGGUUAUUCAAAAGUGUGGGCGCUUUGGUUUAUGUCAUUGAUUCUCAAGAUGAAUAUAUGAGUGCUAUAACAAAUUUAGCGAUGAUUAUGGAAUAUGCAUACAAGGUCAAUCCAACUAUUAACAUAGAAGUUUUAAUACAUAAAGUUGAUGGUCUCAGUGAAGAGUUUAAAGUUGACGCACAACGUGAUAUUAUGAGGAGAACUGGUGAAGAAUUACUAGAAUUGGGUUUAGAUGGUGCUCAGGUAUCGUUUUAUUUAACAUCAAUUUUUGAUCAUUCGAUUUAUGAAGCAUUUUCAAGAAUUGUGCAGAAAUUAAUACCAGAAUUAUCCUUCUUAGAGAAUAUGUUAGAUAACUUAACUCAGCAUUCGAAGAUUGAAAAGGCAUUUUUAUUUGAUAUAAAUUCCAAGAUAUAUGUGUCGACUGAUUCAAAUCCGGUUGAUAUACAAGUUUACGAAAUAUGUGCAGAAUUUGUUGAUAUAUCAAUUGAUUUAUACGAUUUAUAUAAGCCGUCAGACUCGAACAAAAAAAAAGGUAUAAAAGGUCCUAGUUCUCAUCGUCCACAGGAAUUAAAAAAUGUUUCACAAUUAGAAAAUGGAACAAUCAUAUAUUUAAGACAAAUGAUCCGUGGAUUAGCACUGGUGGCAAUCAUUAGACCAGAUGAUAUGGAUAUGGAAAGCUGUCUAACUGUGGCGGAUUAUAAUGUGGAUAUAUAUAAAAAAUCUCUAGAAGAGAUUUGGAAAAAUUCCAAGGUCAUACUCCCAAAUCCAAAUAUUCAAACUUUUAAUAAUCAGGAGUAA